AUGUUUAGCUCCAGUUGGAAAGUAGCAUUUCUCCUCUCGCUGGGAAUUUCAUUCUGGUCGAUAGCCAACUGCACAACAAAUAUCACCAGAUCUGCAAGAGCUAUCAGUGGAAGACUACGCUCGCCUUACUCAUCAUGGCGCAUCGUGCUAUGUUUGACACAGUCUCAGAGUUCAUUCAAGACAGACAUUCAAACAUCAUGGGACGAUGCAAGACUGAAAUCGUCUCACGCAGACAUGAAUGUGUCCUACAUAGAGGCUCCACCAGCAACAGAUGCGCAUUCCUAUCCUCUGUCGUUACUGAAUAAAUUCUGUACUGAAAUUAAAGGUGGAAAGACAGUACUGAGCCUGAUCAUCGGGGGAGGAUCAGCAGCUAGGUUUCUCAUGACAGCUGCAGCUGCUUUGAAUCUUCCAGCUUUAUGGCUACCAUUUACACACGAAGACUUUCUACGGCAGGGGAACCUUGGACAAUUUGAGAGUCGCAUAGGCUCUAGUACAAAAGAAGUGGGAGCAGCUGCUGCUGCCUUGAUGCACAGAGCAAACUGGCAUGCGUUCACUCUUCUCAUAGAUACCACGUUACUUCCAGUGACUCAUCUAUUGCAAUCGAAUCUGCCAACUCUGACACCCAGAACGAUCAUCCAUCUUCCAACCAACGACAAGACCCUGAGAAUGAGACUGAGACGUGUGGCAGAGGAAGGAGGCAGUGGAGGUGUUAUAGUGAUGGGUUGCGAUCUGAGCAACGCUCGAAGGAUACUCGCUGCAGCUAGUAAAUUCGAGAUGCUUGCCGGAAGAUUUCUGUGGCUUUGGUUGGACCUCAAAGCAGAAUUGAGACCCAACGAACCGAACAUUAUCAGCUCACACAUUUUACACAGCUCAAGAGCAGCGAUUGCAACGAAUCCAGAGAAUCCUGUGCCAGGAGAGAUCGUCAACAGAAACACGAAUCUCGUAGCCGAGAGCCAAUUGACAAUGAACGUUUUACCGAGUUUAUUAAACGAUAUACAUCGACUGCAGGAGUACAGAUGGCAGAACGGUCAUACUAUGUCCAAACGAGAAGACAGGGGCUUCAAUUUCGACGACGACGAGGAGUUCGUAACGACCGACAAAGAACUGAACUCGAAGGACUUCAUGCCGGUCGGUAUGCUCGCGCUGAGACCAUCCGGUAUAAAGUUAAUGGACGGCGACACAACAAUAUUAUCUAGAAUGAUAAGGGAGACUUCACAGGCGUUGGACGAGACGUUCCUGGAAGUGAAGUCCAAACUGAGUCGUUUACGGGAUCUGCAGCUAGAAGACAACUUCGUACCAGAUUGCCUUCCCGAUAGCAGAGCCAAGUUUCUAAAUAGCGAAGUAAGGAGAAACGUUUCCAAGACAUUGACACAGAAACUUCGAAGAUCCAUGGGCCAGCUGUCCAAGGACAAAGCAAAGUUCCAGUUACUAAACCUGCAGGCUGUAAGAUUCUCUGGGAACAAGACUCAACUGAGGUGGACCAAAGUGGGAACUGUCAAAGGUGGAAAAGAGGUUCACCUAGAGACAAUAAUUUGGCCAGGCGGUGGAAUAGUACCAGCCUAUCUGGAACAGGGUGGUGAAAAGAUAGGCAUGCCCAUGUACCGUAUAGUGACAGCACUCGCGUCACCCUUCACGAUGGUAACGAACCUGCAAGAAGGUCUCUGUCUCCGAGGAAUAUUCUGCCGUCAAGAAGACACUCUGAUGUGUUGCUACGGUCUGAGUAUGGACCUGAUAGCUCUGGUGUCCCGUGAAUUAGGGUUCCGUUAUGAUUUAUAUCUAGUGAAGGACGGCUUGUUUGGAAAGAGGAACGGUCGUAGCGGCACGUGGAACGGUAUAAUGGGGGAGCUAGUCUCUGGUAGAGCCCAAUUGGCGUUCGCACCUCUAAGUGUAUCCGCUCACAGAGCUGAAAUUGUAGACUUCACCACGCCGUACUUCUUCAGCGGAGUAAGCUUCCUGACGGCGCCAAAGCGUAAAUCCGAGAUAUCGUUGUUCGCGUUUCUCUUUCCGUUCAGCACCGAACUGUGGAUCGCGGUGUUCACAUCUUUGAACUUCACCGCGAUCGCGGUGGCGUUGUACGAAUGGUUCAGCCCGUUCGGUCUGAACCCGUGGGGCAGACAACGAAGCAAAAACUUCUCGAUCGCGUCAGCUUUGUGGGUGAUGUGGGGUCUCCUCUGUGGUCAUCUGGUCGCUUUCAAAGCGCCGAAAUCCUGGCCUAAUAAAUUUCUAAUCAACAUUUGGGGUGGUUUCUCGGUGAUAUUCGUCGCCUCGUACACGGCCAACAUAGCUGCCCUGAUCGCUGGCCGAUUCUUCGAUCCGGCGGUGAUCAACUAUCACGAUAAAAGCUUACUGUUGCAAAAGGUUGGCGCACCGAGGGCAUCCGCGGCCGAGUACUAUGUACAAAAAGCGAACCCGGAAUUGUGGUCCCACAUGUCCCGAUACUCAUUGUCGAACGUCGCCGAGGGCGUGGAAAAAUUGCGAAACGGUAGCUUGGAUAUUCUUAUAGCAGAUACUCCUAUUUUAGACUAUUACCGGGCAACAGACGACGGCUGCCGUUUGCAAAAGAUCGGGGACACGAUCAACGAGGACACGUACGCGGUUGCCCUCGCCAAGGGGCACCCAUUGAAAGAGAGUAUAUCGAAAGUACUGGCGAAUUACACGAGCACAGGGUUGCUGGACAUUUUGCAAGAGAAAUGGUACGGUGGGUUGCCGUGUAUCAGGGGUAGAGGAGGUAUAGACGUGGGUUUCGAGCACGAGCAAGGAGGUCAACCGAGACCUCUGGGCGUGGCCUCCGUGGCCGGUGUGUUUUGUCUGCUCGGGAUGGGUGUGGUACUUGGAACAAUUAUAUUGGCGGGAGAACACUUGUUCUACAAGUACACCCUGCCAAGACUGAGACGCAGACCGGAGGACUCGAUAUGGCGUAGCCGUAACGUGAUGUUCUUCUCCCAGAAGCUGUACAGGUUCAUCAACUGCGUGGAACUGGUGUCACCUCACCACGCCGCGCGGGAGCUUGUCCACACGGUCAGGCAAGGGCAGAUCGCGUCACUGUUCCAAAAGAGCGUCAAGCGAAAGGAACACGAACAGCGUCAGAGACGCAAGAGUAAGGCUCAGUUCUUCGAGAUGAUACAGGAGAUCCGAAGAGUCCAGCAAGAGGAGAAGAUCGAAACGGUGCCCGAGGAGCAACCGGGAGUAUUAACAGUGAAAAAGGAGGAGAAAGCGCCGAAAGGAAGGGAGAGGAGUCGAAGCAAGAGUCCUCUGAUGCCACGGAGCCCGAAGAGGUCCGAGAAGUGCAGAAGUUCGACCAAUCUGUCGGGCUCCCGACUGGGUCUGUCUCCGGUCAGUUCGGAGACGCCGAUGAAACCCAGAGAGUUUACUCUGAGCAGUACAAAUUUAAGAGCGAGAAGUCCUCUGGAGACGGUCGGUCGACGAUUGAGCCACGGCGAUGGUGGUUCGCCGCCCCCGCGUCUGGGCUCCCACUUCGGCGGUAGUGCGACAUUAAGACCGUUGGCUCCGACCAGGAGCGACUCUGUGAGCACCACAGCUGCUAGCAAGGGUGAACAUCCCGGUGGCGGGACGUCAACGACACCAAGGUACUCUAGGAGUCCCGCGAAACGGGGACAAUCAUUCCCGGUGUUUGCCACGUUGAGGCCACCGCAUUCGGCGGGCCAUCAUCAUCAUCAUCAGAUGUCCAAGAGUCCGUUGCUCUCCCCGAACAACGAGCUGACCUCAGCCAUCGGCCGGAAGCUGUCACGCGAAUGGGGCUCCGGCACCAUAGAUGUCACCAGGUCCUCAGAGGCGGUCAGCGGUGGCGCAUCCACCUACACAUUGAACCAGGAGAUGACGCUGUCGUUGGAGCGUCCGUCCCACGAGAAGAAAAACAUCCAGGACGACACGUUGCCGAUCAAGAAACCUAUACGUCGCGCACGCAGCCACGAGAACCGAGACACCAGCAAACUAAUGGCCGAUCUACCCUCGCCAAGGCUGACCGUCCAGCCGGUGGUGGGCGGCCGAUCGGUAAGCGAACGAACGAAAAAACAGCUGGAGUCCGAGCUGAAAGCGAUUUUAACCGCCAGGGCGCAUCAUCGCGACCUGCAUCCCCCUUGAUAGACAGACGUGCCGUCGCUUUGAGUGUUCUUGAAAGCAUCGGCCGCUUCGGGGAUGAUCGUUGCCUCUGAGGGGCUUUGAUUUAAGCAAUAUCAGAUUUAUAGGUCAAUUUGUAGAGGAAUCAGACAAUUUAUGCGAAAACAAAAAACGGCAAAAAAAAUGUUUUAAAGAACAUACAUA